AUGAAGCGCUUGGCCGAGGAGGCGGUCGAGAAUUCAAGGUUGAUCUCGGCGCAAAACAUCUAUGCCGAUGGUCUCUCGAUCAGCGACACUUUGAGAGAAAAAGCGGACGCUUUCGAGAGACACUUUGAGGAAUACCUGCCCCUCGCUCGAAUCUACAACGAGAAGUUGACGGACCUCGCCGACCAGAAUCAAGCGUUGAUCCGCCAAUUCAAGAAGGGUCUCGCCAUUGCUGAGAGCCCAGAGAAGAGCGAAGAGGCGGAAUUCUGCAACCACGAUUACCGCGGGGCAAUAUCCGAUGGUUCUUACGGCCUUACGACGCUGCUCGGCACUUAUCGUCGCUAUGUCGACCUGUACAAUGAGGCCAACGAAAAUGUCAAGAAGAGCCUGAGCGGCGAGUUAAUCCAGAAGUCGCUAUGCGGCAAAUGCAAGAAGCGAAUCGGGCAGGUCGAGGAUCGCUGCGACAAUUCGAUUCAUUGUGGCACUUGUUCGAUGCGCGAGCAUCGGGCUCACCAGGUGGUGGACAUCGGCCUGGAGAAGUUGAAGAAACUCGAGGAGCAAACGGCGGGUGCUGUCGAGCAGCAGUAUGAUGGAGUGAAGGGCAUGGUUCGGCUCAUCCACGAGCAAAUUGACGAGAAUGUGAAGCGGUUGGCCAAGGAGGCGAUCGAUAAUUCGAAGGUGAUUUCAACGCAAAAGGUCUACUCAAAUGGUGUCACGAUCAGUGAUGCUCUGCGCAAGAACGCCGACGAUUUCGAGAAGCAUUUCGAGGACUACCUGCCCUGCGCUCGAAUCUACAAUGAAAAACUGAUGGAGCUGGCCGAUGAAAAUCUGACACAGAAGCUGGUCAAGUCGUUGAGACUUCGGCAGAGCCUG